UGCAUCUUGCUGUGUAGCUUCUGUAAUUCUGUGUCAAAUUCUCCUUUAGGCUGUAGAUUGACAGAGCAUCACCCCCGCUUUCUGGAGGUUGUUGGUGAUUUUACAGACGUGUAUUUUAGGGUUCCUUUUGACAGCUUUUAUGAUUUGUCUGUCAUCAACUAAUGUUGUUUUUCUCAGCCGAUCAGGUCGUCGUUGGUUGCUGAUGUCGCCGGUAGUUUCCAGACUCUUGAUUUCUCCAUGCCCUUUGUUUUUCCUAUAGUUCUAACUGACUUCCUCUUUUCUUUUAGCAUCCAAAUUGCUUGCUAUUCUUUCAGAGUCAGCGUCCUCGUCUUCAUCCUGGUUGUGUGUCAUCAUCAAAUUCAAGACUUAGAAUGCAGAAGCAAUGGAUAUAACUGAAUUAAUGCAACAGGACACAGCUGAACACUUAGAUAGACCUGUGAGGCAACUUUUCCAAUACUUAUGGAAAAGUAUUCCAUAUAAGUAUAUUUAGUUUUUACCCCCUUUUUCAUGAGCUGAACUCAAACAUCUAAGACUUUUUCUAUGUACACAAAAGUCCUAUUUCUCUCAAACAUUAAUCACAAAUCUUUCUAAAUCUGUGUUAGUGAGCACUUCUCCUUUGCUGAGAUAAUCCAUCCACCUCACAGGUGUGGCAUAUUAAGAUGCCGAUUAGUGUGCCUUAGGCUGGCCAUAAUAAAAAAUCCACUCUUAAACAUGCAGUUUUACUGUAUUGGGGGGUCCGGAAACCAGUCAGUAUCUUGUGUGACCACCAUUUGCCUCAUGCAGUGCAACACAUCUCCUUCGCAUAGAGUUGAUAAGGUUUUUGAUUGUGGCCUGUGGAAUGUUGGUCUGCUCCUCUUCAAUGGCUGAAGUUGCUGGAUAUUGGCAGGAAACUGGAACACGCUGUUGUAUACGCCGGUCCAGAGCAUCCCAAACAUGCUCAAUUGGUGACAUGUCCGGCAGCCUAAUUUGGCUAUCAAACUGCCCAGCUAUUUCAGUUCAGCACCGCACUUCACACACGCAAAGAAGGAUUUGAGCCUGUAGUGGGGAAGAAGUCUCCAUCUUCAAACAGAAGUACAUCAUCUGCAGAUGUAAGGGUGGAAAAUGCCUGUGCUAAGCUGGUGGAAGCAGCUCAGAUGCUGAGGAGAGACCCCUACUCUGUCCCGGCCCGUGAUUACCUCAUCGAUGGCUCACGGGGCAUCCUGUCAGGCACUUCAGACCUGCUUCUGACCUUUGACGAGGCAGAGGUGCGUAAAAUUAUCCGUGUUUGUAAAGGCAUCCUGGAAUACCUGACCGUUGCAGAGGUUGUGGAAACCAUGGAGGACUUGAUCACUUAUACUAAAAACCUCGGACCAGGAAUGACGAAAAUGGCAAAGAUGAUUGACGAGCGGCAACAGGAGCUGACACACCAGGAGCACCGUGUGAUGCUGGUCACCUCCAUGAACACAGUGAAGGAACUGCUGCCCGUGCUUAUAUCAGCCAUUAAAAUCUUUGUGACAACCAAGUGCAUCAAGAGUCAUGGUGUGGAGGAGGCCUUGAAGAACAGAAACUACACGUUUGAGAAGAUGAGCACCGAGAUCAACGAAAUAAUCCGAGUGCUGCAACUCACUUCAUGGGAUGAGGAUGCCUGGGCCAACAAAAAGGACACAGAGGCCAUGAGGAGAGCGCUAGCACUGAUCGAGUCAAAGAUGGGUCAGGCUAAAGGCUGGCUGAGGGACCCUAACGGUCUUCCAGGAGAUCCGGGAGAGCAUGCGCUGCGGCAGAUACUGGAUGAAGCAGGAAAAGUGGGUGAGCUUUGUGCGGGGAAAGAAAGACGAGAGAUCCUGGGAACAGCCAAGACCUUGGGCCAGAUGACGGAUCAGGUGUCAGACGUGCGCACCAGAGGUCAGGGUGCCACCUCUAUGGGUAUGCAGAAAGCUCAGCAGGUGGGCCAGGGUUUGGAUAUUCUGAUGGGGAAAGUGGAGAACGCUGCUCGGAAGCUGGAAGCCCUGACCAAUGCCAAACAAGCCAUCGCCAAGAGAAUCGACACGGCCCAGAGCUGGCUGGCUGAUCCUAACGGUGGUCCGGAGGGGGAAGAAAACAUCCGCGCUCUUCUGGUGGAGGCCAAGCGCAUCGCUGACCUGUGUGAAGACCCUAAAGAGAGAGAUGACAUUCUGCGCUCCAUCAAUGAGGUCGCAGGACUCACUGCGAGACUGGUUGAACUCCGAAAAAUUGGUAAAGGAGAUACUCCUGAGGCUAGAGCGCUGGCCAAGCAGAUUGGCACAGCUUUGCAGAACUUGCAGGCAAAGGCUAACCGUGCUGUGGCCAACAUGAGACCUGCCAAGGCUGCUGUUACACUAGAGGGCAAAAUGGAGCAGGCCUUGCACUGGAUUAACAACCCUGGAGUGGACGAUCAUGGAGUAGGCCAGGCUGCCAUACGGGGGCUGAUAGCAGAAGGCUGUCGGCUGGCAAACUCUCUACCAGGGCCGUACAGACAGGAACUGCUAGCAAAGUGUGAGCGAGUGGAGCAACUGAUGAUGCAGUUAUCAGAUCAUGCGGCGCGGGGAGAGGGAGAGAGUCCUCAGGCGCGCGCCGGGGCCGCUCAUCUCCUGAAUGCAAUUAACGAUCUAAAGGCAAAGAUGCAGGAAGCAAUGACCCAGGAGGUGUCUGAUGUUUUCAGUGAUACGACCACACCAGUUAAACUCCUGGCUGUGGCAGCAACUGCGCCUCUUGAGACCCCCAACAGAGAGGAGGUGUUUGAAGAAAGGGCGUCUAACUUUGAGAAUCAUGCCAGUAGACUGGGUGCUACAGCGGAGAAGGCCGCUGCCGUGGGAACAGCCAAUAAGAGCACAGUUGAAGGCAUCCAGGCGGCUGUGAAAUCAUCCAGAGAUCUUACACCUCAGGUCACUUCUGCUGCACGCAUUUUGCUGAAGAACCCUGGCAACCAGGCUGCAUACGAGCACUUUGAGACCAUGAAGAACCAAUGGAUUGACAACAUUGAAAAAAUGACCAGUCUUGUGGAUGAAGCCAUUGACACUAAAUCCCUCUUGGAUGCUUCAGAGGAGGCCAUUAAGAAAGACAUCGAUAAAUGCCGGGUGGCAAUGGCUAACGUUCAGCCCCAGAUGUUGGUUGCAGGGGCCACCAGCAUUGCCCGGCGGGCUAACCGGGUCCUUCUGGUGGCCAAACGGGAAGUGGAGAACUCAGAGGACCCGAAAUUCAGAGAACUGGUCAAAGCUGCUUCAGAUGAACUUGGUAGAACAAUCUCACCCAUGGUUAUGGCUGCUAAAGCCGUGGCAGGAAACAUCCAGGAUCCAGGUUCUCAAAAGAGCUUCCUGGACUCUGGCUACAGGAUCUUGGCUGCUGUUGGGAAAGUCAGAGAAGCCUUCCAGCCUCAGGAGCCUGACUUUCCUCCUCCACCUCCAGACCUUGAUCAGCUGCAUGUCAGUGAUGAUCAGGCUCCUCCCAAACCGCCCCUUCCAGAGGGAGAGGUACCUCCACCGAGACCUCCACCCCCAGAAGAGAAAGACGAGGAGUUCCCUGAGCAGAAAGCUGGCGAGAUGGUGAGCGAGCCGAUGAUGGUGGCGGCCAGGCAGCUACACGACGAGGCCCGUAAAUGGUCCAGCAAGCCUCCCCAGCCUGAAGGGACACACGACGGGUUUGAGACCGCUGUAGAUAUAGACAAUGAGGAUGAAUUCACAGACAUCGAGGAUGAUUUUGAGCCAGAGCUUCUCUUAAUGUCUUCAAAUCAGCCAGUUAACCAGCCCAUUCUGGCCGCUGCGCAGUCUUUGCACCAGGAAACCCGCAAAUGGUCCAGUAAGGGUAAUGACAUCAUUGGAGCAGCUAAGCGCAUGGCCCUGCUCAUGGCGGAGAUGUCUCGUCUGGUGCGUGGAGGCAGUGGGAAUAAACGUGCCCUCAUUCAGUGCGCCAAGGACAUCGCCAAAGCCUCCGAUGAGGUCACACGGCUGGCUAAGGAGGUAGCCAAGCAAUGCACCGACAAACGGAUUCGCACAAACCUGUUGCAGGUUUGUGAGCGUAUCCCAACUAUUAGCACUCAGCUGAAGAUCCUGUCCACAGUAAAGGCCACAAUGCUGGGACGGACAAACAUCAGUGAGGAAGAAUCUGAGCAGGCAACUGAGAUGCUUGUGCAUAACGCACAGAACCUCAUGCAGUCCGUGAAGGAGACGGUCAGAGAAGCAGAAGCUGCCUCCAUCAAGAUCCGCACAGAUGCAGGGUUCACUCUUCGCUGGGUCCGAAAGACCCCUUGGUACCAGUAAACCGAGGACUAGUUGUUUUCAAUUAGCAAUUAGCAAUUCGCACUCUUGCCUUUUCAAGCAUCUGAGAUCUGACAAGGGAUGGCAGAAAAAAAAAGCACCCGAUCUGAUUCUUCUAUUUUUGGACAUCAGUGUUUGGCUCUAGUUUCAGGGAGACUGGUAUUACUUAUUUUUAUUUACUUGCUAGUAUGGGUACCUAAACUGCUCCUCCUAACAGAGGCUAUUUUUGUCCUGAAAGUUUGCUGUAGUUACCUUUAUCUCACACUACUGAGGUAUAGUGUAGGAGUAAACAGGAAGCACAUUUUAAAUAUAUAUUUUUGGUAUAUUGAGUUUCCAAAUUCCACGUAUAUAUAUAUAUAUAUAUAUAUAUAUAUAUAAUUUUAUUUUUGUUGCAUGAAAAAGUCUUCUAUUUUGUAUCGGAGAAAAAUGGCAUGAUGCCUCUCUCGAACAAUGUUGGAGUUCAUGAUGAAAUUUACUUUAUAAAUUAGUUUUUGACAAGGAAAUUUUCUUAUUGAAAGUGUAUAUAUUUAUAUUUCUUAUAUUUCAUUAGAAAAAUAUCACAGAUCACUUUUUUGUCGCAAAUAUAGAACACUAUACAAUGUUUUAAGUUUUACUUUGUUAUUCACAAACCCUUUUGCUGGUUGUUUUUAAGUUAUAACUCGAACUAUAAUUAACUGUUCUUUGCUCAUAUUUAUAAUGGACUUUUGCUUAGCUAUUUAUUAAAAAGGAUAAUGCAUUUUUUGAUGGGUCGUGCCAUUACAGAGAUGUAUUUUGCAUGGCAUGGUUGAUGCCAAAGAUUUAGUUUUUUACACCUAAUAUCCAUUGGCUAUCAAAUAAACACAUCUGUGGUGUAAAUCUACACAGUCAUGUGAAAGCUUGGAUAGUUAACACUGAAAUUCUGAAUUCUUUCUGUUAAGCUUGAGAGAGAGUGAAUGAUUAUUUACAUUUCUUUACAUAAAAGCACAAUCCUCACAACAGUUGAAAUGUUCUCUCUCAGCUCAGUUUACAGCUGUGAUUUUGACGUUUCUCAGUGUGAUUCUGUUUGCAAUUGUAGUAUAUCGAUGAUGGAGCUGUCUUAAUGUUUUCACCCAUUUCAACUGAAUGGGUAACAAGACCCAGGUGGCUUGUUAAUAUGCGAUACCUAUGUGUUUGAUGCUUAAUUAAAGUCUGUUAACACCCUCAUUUUAUUAUUAACUGAAAAGGUUUUUGUUUAUGCAAUGAAAGUCAAAGCGGUCCAGAACAUGUUGUUUUAGACUCUACUGACUUUCAAUGUAUGGACAAAAACUAAGGUAUUAAAAAAAAAUAUCUUCUUUUGUGUUCUUCAGAAGAAAGUCAGUCAGGUUAAUGAUUAAAUUGCAGGUUUUGAAUUUUUGCGUGAACUGCCGUUUUAAGGACAGUAAAUUUACAGUAUAGAAUCAAAUGUGUGGAAAUUGUGCAUAGUAUGAAAAAGUCAGUAGCAUAAGCUCAACACUAUUAUUAGCUGAAGAUGUACUCUGAAUCUGUACAGCUACACGAACGCUAUCGUGAUGCUUCACUGCCUUGCAUUCACUUAACUACAACAUUUACAUUUUAAAGAGUAACUUUUCAGUCCCCAAUAUAGUGCCUAGUUAUGAAAAUUUACAGGGCUGUAUCAUUACGUGUAAAAGCAUGUUGUGGGUUCUGAUGACAUUUGGACCGGGUGAAAAUUACUUCUUUGUGAAUGUAUAUAUGACACUAAUGUUGACUUUUUUUUUCAGUGUCACAGAAAAAAAAACAUCUUAUGUGCCUCAAAUGAAUAAAAAAAAAUUCUGUUAA